AUGUCCGUCACCCUCCACACAUCCCUAGGCGACAUCAAAAUCGAACUCUUUUGCGAGAGCGUCCCCAAAACCGCCCAAAACUUCCUCGCCCUCUGCGCUUCCGGCUACUACGACGCGUCCCCCUUCCACCGCCUCAUCCCGCGGUUUAUGGUGCAGACCGGCGCGCCGGCCACCCCCGCCGCCGCCGCCGCCGACCACCCCAAGGGCGGCCAGUCCAUCUGGGGCGGCUGCUUCGACGACGAGAUCCGCCCGGCGCUGCGCCACUCCCACCGCGGCGUGGUCAGCAUGGCCAACCGCGGCCCCGGCACCAACGGCUCGCAGUUCUUCAUCACCUUCGACAAGGCGCCCCACCUGGAUGGGCUCAACACCGUCUUCGGCAGGGUCAUUGGCGACGACGGCCUGGCCGUGCUGGCCGCCAUGGAGGCCGUCGACGUGGACAAGAAGAAUCGCCCGAGGGAGCCGCUGCGCAUCGAGAGGGUGACUGUCCAUGCGAACCCGCUGGCUGGCUGA